AUGCCUUGCUUUAAGGGUUUAGCUGUCAGUAUCCACACCCCAGAUGGGCCAAUUUCUGAGUUUUCGGUACAACGUCAAUCUCGUCAAUCACGAAUCGCCUGUUUUAUCCCCGUUCCCGCAGCAAAGAUCGACGGAAAUGAAAAACCACAACAGUCUACGUUUGCCGUCUCGAUAACUCUUCUCAAUCCAGGCCAGAGCGUACCAUAUUCUACUCCGAAACCAACAGAGAACGACCCAAACCCGAAACCCCAGAUUGUUGGGGGUUUGCCCGGUAAGACCGAUGAGCGAGGGCAGUAUAUAGGCUCUGUCGGGCCGUAUCAACCCCUGACGGGAUCUCAAAACGAAACUGUUGCCGCUUACAUAUACUUUGAUGGACGUCAGAAAGAGGAAGUGGCAACAUUACUACGCAGAGGCGAAGAGACAUGGGUUAAUUCACGCUGGGUCAGCGUGCCUGAUUCAGAAGGCGGUGGCCUUGCAGAGCGGGAAUUUCUUUUCCGAGAAGUCGGCCUCGAGCGCUGGUUAAAUGGUUUGGAUCUGGAUGGCAAGGAUGCCGCCGCAAAGAUCGAAAGACGGAGGCAGAAGAUGGCAAAACGAAGGCUAAAUAAAGGGGACUCGGACAUGGAUGAUACCACGUCAGAAAAGCAAGACAAGGGGAUCAUGCGAUAUGGUGACGACUCGAAAUCGCCUCUCGAGAAUUUAUCCGACGAGGGCUCUUUAUCCGAUUCUGACGAUGAUCCGAUCCCGGAAUCUGCUGGCCAAAUCAAGGUCGCCCUGUUCCGAGUAAUUGCCUCGGGAGAAAUCAGACGAGGCGAAUAUUCUCCUCAAUUCGACGCCCAUGAUGACGACGAUGAAUCAAGCGGGGGGCAGAGCGGAAACGGGGCUGCAGAUGUUGACCAUACAACAAGCUUCGCGAAGCCUAAAACUCUUGAUCCAAAGACAAUCAGUACUCAGACUGUGACUGGAAUCGACCCUACCGACAAACCAUACGCGGUAUUUACGUUUAUGUACCGCGGUGAACGCCAAUUACAAAAAAUGGGUGUCUUCAAGUCAAAAUCCCCGGAGAAGGAGACUGCUACCAAGAGAAAGUCAACCGACUUCGCUAAUCUACCACCGCUAAAGCCGGGUGGCGCUGUCGGUUUCAUGAAUUAUCGCGAAGGCGAGAACUCAAAUACAGCGAAGGGGAAGAAAUCAAAGAAGACAAGCGAGAGUGAUAUGGAUAGCGACGAAGACGAGGACGAUGCUGUUGCCACCAAAGCUGAGGAAGAGGAAACCAAUGGUACUAUUCACCUAUCCCCCGAUGACAUUCGCCGGCAAGGAGACCUGGCCGAGGGCGUUCGCAAGAUCAAGUUAAAACGUCAACAUUCCGCCGAACCAAUGGGAGAUAAUGCGUCCAGCUUGAAUACUCCUGCGUCAGAGAGCACGCCUCCUGCGUCGAAUGAUGCAUUGUCGACAACGCCACCACAAGCUUCUUCUGCUACUGCAUCUAAUUCCGGGGUAUCGGAAGCUCUUCACAGCAUCGCCGAGUCUUUGACCAACGAUUAUGUUGGAAGCCCUCUGAAGAAACCGAGGGCUAGCGUAUCCACUGCGGACGAAAACGGUCUUCGCAAGCGACUCGAGACCAAUGUUUCCAACAACAUUGGCGAGGUUCUCGGACCAGCCGCUACGCCUCAGAACCCGGAUUCAUCUGUUGGUGGUACAGCAUCUGGAGCGACAGCUAGCCAAUUUGGAAGUAGCUUGAACGCAUCCUCUGUCCCACCGGUCGCCCAGCCCCCAGUUCAAGAGGAAGAAGAGGAACUAUAA